UGUGAACUGCACGGCAGCAAUCUCCCCUCGUCAAUCACAACAAGACGUCUGCCUCGUGCGGACGCCGUGACCCGUGGGACCAAACAUAAUGCAGCUGUCAUCCGUUCAGAUGAUGUGCCGUGCGCUUCUACUGAUUGCCGCGGGUCUCAGCACCAGCCUAGCGGCAAAGUUGGCUGCGGCGCCCAACAUCCAGCAGGAUGGCAUUGUGAACCUCCUGGCAUCGUCUCAGUCGGCGCCGGGCACGCCCGCCUCCAAGAACAAGGCGUCAGAGAUGGAGCAGAUGGUGUUGCUCUUGGCGCAACAAGCCAAAGUGGCCAGAAAGAGUUCGCAGAAGGCCGAUGGAAACCUCGAUGAGUUCGUUGAGAUGAUCAAGAAGGAGCUCUUAAAGAUGGAAUCCAAGAUCAAGGACGCGGUCGCCAUCGUGGACUCAGGUUGUAAGGACACCUUCGGCAACUUGUCGGCGGGCUGCCCGGCCUAUUUCAGCAACACCACCUUCCUGCCUGCAGGCUUUGAUGGAGAUUUCACCCCUCUCAGGGAGGCGCAUUCCAGGUGCCAGGCGCAUUCCAGGUGCCGCUCCCAGAUUAGCUCUCGCAAGCAGGAGAUGGACAGCUGCAAGUCAAGCCGAGAGAGUUUGAUCCUGCAGGAACACACCUUGACGGCUCAGUUCAGGAGCAUCAACGUGUUUGAGAGUCCGGAGGAGUGCGCGGUGACAGGCACUGAUGUGCUCGGUUACUUGGCCGCCAUGCGAGACCACUUCGAUGGCAAAAAGACUACUUGGUGGAGCACCUAUUACAAGCUGGAGAACGUCACUCAGAAUAUCACCAAGUGGAACUGCACUGAGAAGGAGUUGGCCUACUACAACAAGCUGACGGAGUGUUCGGAAAAGCAAUUGACCCUCGAAGAGACCGCCUGCGAGCUCCAUGCCAGGACCAAGGAAGCCUGUGCCAUGCUUCCCUCUUGCUUCGACAAGAAUUGGGACGGCUACUCCAAACAGGUGUCGCUGGCCAAUGCCACCAUCAAAGAUCUGCGUUUCGAGUACGUGGCUGUGAAGCGCAUCACGUGCAUGUUGGACGCCUUCACCGCGCCGGAUUUGGAGGCCAAGAUCGAAGAGUGUAUGGCCAAGCAAUACAGCGGUGCUGCCAUUAGCAGUGCCUGCGUGGAGGGCUUCCUGGAUGCCACCAAGCCAAGCUUCAUCACGCCCGACGUGUGCGCAUCAGGUGUGAAGUCUAUCCUGCACCCCAACGACGACAACUUCAACGAGACUGAAUAUGCUUCCCAAGGCAUUGCUGCCAGUCCCUGCAUGGCAUCUUGCUGUGAGUUGGAGUUGUACCAUUGGCAGACCUACACCAAUGCGUUCGUGACGUCGGACCACUACAUGUACGACAGCGACAGUGGACGCGUGGUGAGCUACACCAACAUGGCCGAGGCCAAGCAGGCUUGCGAGACCAUGGGCAGUGUGCUUUGCUUCGGAAUCUAUGAUGCCAACUGCGAUGGCCCCAGCUAUGAGAAUCCCGUGAAGAUUGUGAAGGCUCCUGGGAUUGACUUGGAGUCUGUGAAGGAAUCCUCUGUAGGCAGCUGCGUCCAGAAGUUGAUGAACGGACCCGGCACAACCAUGACCACCACCACGGUGAAGGCUUGUAUCUAUGAGGUCCAGUACACCAGCAGCGCAGCACCUGAUGAUGUGAAGACCUUGACCGUGGAACAUCAGGAGUAUGGUGAGGCGUUCCGCUUCAGCGGUUGCGACAACGAGGAGCUGGACGAGGGCAAGGCAUGCGUUUCCUCGGGCGCCCAAAAUGGCGUUCGACUGCUGAAGAACAGGUACGGCCAGGCCGUGGCCACCGGAAGUUGCUGUACAUCGGAGACCAACAAGGUGAUUCUCUCCGAGGCGACGGAGUGCGACGGCUACAAGGAUGAGUACAAGAAGUAUGAUAGCAUGUACCUCACUGCCUCGAAGCUGAUCCGUGGCACAUCUUAUCACAGCAUCAGAGAAGCACAGAUCGCGUGCUUGAAGAUGGGACACAAGUGCUGGGGUCUCUUCGAUGACAAGUGCGACAUGGGCAACCUAAUGAUCGUGGACGGCGACCUGAACAUCACCACUAGUGUGAUGCGUGAAUCUCACCAGAGCUCUUGUGUCUAUGAGAAGCUCCACGUCUGAGUUGAGCCGUGCGAAGCGUCAAUCUGACGGUAGAGGCUGGUGGUUCUGAAAGCGCCUCCCAACAGGCUGUG